AAACGUGUGUCGCAUCAUCAUAUUUUCUUUCGCAUAAAAAUCGGACGGACAAGUUGAUCGCUGCCCGGUCUUGCACAGCUGUUGUCACCCCAUCCUACACCACAACCUAAAAAGACAUGCGUAACAGGCAGAAAAAGGCCGUCACAUUGUGCCUGUUUUUUAUUUUUUAAUUUUUUCACUGUAAACCCCCCAAAACCCCCUCCCACUCGAUAUAUCAGGAAGAACAUAUAGUCUAUGGCCCGCUACUUAAACCACUGUAUAUUUCCAUCCACGUCAGACAACAUCGCGAUGAUGCUUGCCUCGCAUGUUAUGCACCCGGUCUGCGUACGAGAUAAGCCACCGAGAUACGUCAUACUAGAAGGCCUUAGGCUACGGGCUUUGCCCUUAGAGCAAAGGGGCAUAGCCACGACUUGAUCGCGCUAUCUUCAGUCGGGUCGGACAGGGGGCGUUGUUUAGUCCCGUAGGGAAUAGCAAGGAAUAAAAACGAGCUGUAGGAGAGUUGAAGAUUUAUCGCAAUUUGUGUUUAUUUGAAUUUAUUCGGUGAAACGGAGUCUUUUCUCAGCGGUUUUACUUUCCACCAAAUGAUGCAGUAGAUAUACCUUUGUAUCGGAACCAUAUUUUUCUUAGAUAAUGUCUCUUUCAAGCAGACAACAGUGUUUUCAUUCUUCCCAGCCGUCUGCAGCUUCGGCGAGGGGGCUGAUUCAAGGUCUGCAGCUUUCGCUGCCUCUUCACUCAUAUCAGGAUGAUCUUCAGCAGCAACAACAACAAUUACAGCAGCAACAACAAGAACAGUACCAACAACACAAUCAGCAAACCUCCCACUAUCACCACCAGCAGCAACAACAGCAGCAGCAGCAGCAACAGCAACAGAAGUCUCCCCAGUCGUCCCCUGUAACAGUUAUGGACCCUCACGACGUAUUUGCCAGCAUGCAAGUGGAGGUCUCAGUGGCUCUCAACUUCAUACUGUCGUACCUGUACAACAAACUCCCACGGCGCCGAGUUAACUGUUUCGGCGAAGAACUUGCCAAAGGGUUCCACAAAAAGUUCGAAGGGCACUGGUACCCUGACCAGCCGUUUAAAGGAUCGGCGUUUCGUUGUAUCCCUGUGAAUGGAGAAAAGGUGGACCCGACCAUCAUUCAAGCUGUAUACAACAGUGGUCUAACGACGGAAGAGGUGUUCACCUAUCUGCCAGAAGAUCUGACCAUCUGGAUCGACCCAGCCGAGGUGUCGUACAGAGUGGGAGAAAAGGGCGUCGUCAAGAUUUUAUAUUCAAACAAGCGCGACACGGACCUGUUGGAAGGGCCAGACAAGGAACUUCAGACGUCCCUCUUCAGUUCAGACACACAGACUUUCAAGACGAUCGACUCCCUGUCCGCGUCUGUAGGCAACAUCAGCAUCUCGCCCACCACCCCAACAGCGUCUGGUGGAUGGCCAAACACAGCGUCCCCUGCCGCUUCUCCAACGUGGCCCGUGAGUCCAGUGAGCCCUCCCAGUAGCACGACCAUCUUUAACCCUUUCAUUCCUCGAGUUCAAGGUCCCACGUUUACAACGGCUGCUUUCGCACAGACCAAAUUUGGAUCGACAAAACUGAAGAGCAUUACCAAGCGUCCGACGCGACUGUCCCCAACCGAAUUUCAACAAAAACAACACACCUCCGCAGUGCCACCGCCGGCAUGCACUGCCCCAGGGUUCCCGCGAUCUCGCUCUCUCUCGCCACGAGAGGCCCGUGAUCCGCGCCAAGAUUUUUUUCUUCGCGACCAACAAAAACGGCUUCAGAUGCUUCAACAGCAACAGCAGCUCUUGCAAGGUUUGGCGUCUGCAGGAGCGGGGACCACGGACAACUUCAAUACCAUGAAUCCAGCAAUGAUGGGCUUGGGGUUGCCAUUUGGAGACCCGCUCCUGUUGCAGGGCAACGGUAUGGUGCCAAACCUUGCAUCUCCGGAUGCUUCCAAGACCCUUCUGGAUCUUGCCGCCGCUGCUAACUACCCAGGCCAGUUGAGUCAUCUUCUCUUGGCUAACUAGACAUGUUCUUCUUGGCAACUAUGACGACAGACCGAAAAAAAGGAUGGUCGUGUUAAUAUAGCGUUUCUUAAUUUUUUCAUAACAAUCAUUUUGAGACUAGUCAUUUUGUUUUGUUUUUUAUAUAUACAUAUAUAUAUAUAUAUGAAAUCUGCUGUUUACUGUGAUAUAGAGAUAGCCACAUACCCUCUAUUUGUAGAACAUAUAUAAAAACAAAAAAAUGCGUCCUAGUUUAAGGGAUUUUCAUUAUAGAAGGUGCUAUAGAACUUGACUGAGACGAAUGCCUUUAUUCAUAUCCUCUGCUGAAUAUAAGAAAGCGUCGGAUUGGUAAGAUUUACAGCACUGCAUCAUGUGUAGACUUCAAUCGCAGAGUUUCGGGAGAAACCAAUCAGCGAAAAUAAACCUCUUAAAUUUCUACGAAAGCUAACAAGCUAGCAAUUCCCGGAAAACUACAGUAAAUAGAUAUUGCCUCUGGAUGACUGAUAUUAACGAAAGCAUUUUUGCAAAGGUCACUGUAUCCAGACAUUGCGCUGCAUGUUACUGUCGGGAUAUCACUGAAGUAGAGAGUCUACGAUUGCCAUUUUACUGCGCUACAGUUUAUGCUAAUGUCGAGAUUCAAAAUGGCGGUCUUUCGUUUGGGAAGAUGCAGAAGAA